AUGUUUAUUAGAAAUGUUAAAUUGAUAAAACCAUCUCCCGUGAGGUUUAUAUCACCAAUACCUUUUAGUUUUCCUAUUUCUAGAUCAAUUAAAAUAUCAAGUAUUAGAUAUUUCACUAAUAAAUCAACUUCUAAUUUCAAAUCAACUUCAUCAUCAUCAUCAUUAAAAUCGACUUCGACUUCGACUUCGACUUCGACUUCAAAGACAACACCCAAAACAUUACUGAAACCUCCACCCAAGGUAAAACCACCAAUACAAGAUAAUGAUACUACUAGUAGUGGUAGUAGUAGUAGCGAAAAUAGUGAAUCAUUUAUGUUGAAAUCAUUAUUUAAAACCAUUUGGCCGAAAAAUAAUCUUAAUUUCAAAAUUCGAGUAAUCAUUGCCUUAUCAUUAUUAGUUGGUGCCAAAAUUUUAAAUGUUCAAGUUCCAUUUUAUUUUAAACAAAUUAUUGAUACGAUGAAUAUUGAUUGGACUAAUGAAGUCGGGGUAUUUCUGACCGUUAUAGGAAGUUUAAUUUUAGCUUAUGGUGGAGCUCGAUUUGGUGCUGUAUUAUUUGGAGAAUUACGUAAUGCCAUUUUUGCUAGUGUUGCCCAACUGGCAAUUCGUCGAGUUGCUUAUAAUACAUUUGUUAAAUUAUUAAAUAUGGAUUUACAAUUUCAUUUAAGUCGACAAACUGGUGGAUUAACAAGAGCUAUUGAUAGAGGGACUAAAGGUAUAAGUUAUGUUUUAUCAGCUAUGGUAUUUCAUAUAAUCCCAAUAACUUUAGAAAUAUCGAUUGUUUGUGGAAUUUUGACUUAUAAUUAUGGUGCUUCAUUUGCUGCUAUGACAUUUGUGACAAUGUUGGCAUAUUCAAUUUUCACUAUUCAAACAACAGCUUGGAGAACUAAAUUUAGACGUCAAGCUAAUAAUGCCGAUAACCAAGCUGCUAAUGUAGCAUUAGAUUCAUUAAUUAAUUAUGAAAGUGUCAAAAUUUUCAAUAAUGAAUUAUAUCAAGCGUCAAAAUAUGAUAAAGCAUUAAUGAAAUAUCAACAAUCAAGUGUUAAAAUAGCUACUAGUUUAGCAUUUCUUAAUAGUGGACAAAAUUUUAUUUUCACCCUGGCAUUAACCGCAAUGAUGUAUAUGGGAUGUCAAGGUGUUUAUACUGGUGAAUUAACCGUUGGUGAUUUAGUAUUAAUUAAUCAAUUGGUAUUUCAAUUGAGUGUGCCAUUAAAUUUCCUUGGUUCAGUUUAUCGAGAAUUAAAACAAUCUUUAUUAGAUAUGGAAAAUUUGUUUCAAUUACAAAAUCAACCUAUCAGAAUUAAAGAAAUCCCCAAUGCUCCACCCCUUAAGUUAAACAACAACAACAACAACAACAACAACAACAACAACAACAACAACAAUAGUUUACCUGGAGAAAUUAGAUUUGAAAAUGUACUGUUUGGUUAUCAUCCAGAUCGUCCAAUUUUAAAUAAUGCUAGUUUUACUAUUCCUGCAGGACAAAAAGUUGCUAUUGUUGGACCUUCAGGGAGUGGUAAAUCAACGAUAUUACGAUUAAUAUUCCGAUUUUAUGAUAUAAAUCAAGGUCGUAUUUUAAUUGAUGGACAAGAUAUUAGUAAAGUUCUGUUAGAAUCAUUACGUAAAUUAAUUGGGAUUGUGCCUCAAGAAACCCCAUUAUUUAAUGAUACAAUAUUAGAAAAUAUUCGUUAUGGUAGAUUAGAUGCUAGUGAUGAAGAAAUAUAUCGAGUGAUUAAUCAAGUUCAAUUAAAUAAAUUAAUUGAUGAUUUACCCGAUGGUGUUCAAACUAUUGUUGGAGAACGAGGGAUGAUGAUUUCUGGUGGUGAAAAACAACGAUUAGCCAUGGCAAGAUUAUUAUUAAAACGGGCUCCAAUUACAUUUUUCGAUGAAGCAACAUCAGCUUUAGAUACUCAUACUGAACAAGCAUUAUUGAAAACCAUUAGACUGGUUUUUAAACAACAACAUCAAACUAAUGUAAGUAUUGCUCAUAGAUUAAGAACUAUUGCUGAUGCUGAUAAGAUAAUUGUUUUGAACAAAGGACAAGUAGUUGAAGAAGGAACUCAUUGGCAAUUAUUAAAUGAACAACCUAAUUCAUUGUAUGCUCAAUUAUGGAAUAUUCAAGAAAAUUUAGAUAUUGAAAAGGAAUUAUUACAAGGUGACGAGGAAGAAGAGGAAUUAACAGAGAAAUUGAAACUUGAUAAACAAGAAUUGGAACAAGAAGCAAAAUUAUUCAAUAGUCAAACUUUUGAAAAGAAGUAG